GCUUGCUUCCGGUUUUUGCCGGGGUGUCAACGUGAUGUAGAAAUUUUCAUUUUAUUGUUUUGUACUGUCUGCUGUUUCUCUCUAUUUUACUAGAGUGUCUUUUAUCGUGAUAUAAUUAUUUUGGUGUGGCUUGUCGUUUAAAGCCGCGGAUGGUAUAACGAAGAUCCCUUUAUUUUAAGUUGACUUCCACGAUUUCUCCAGAAAGUCUGUUCUUUUUAAAACUGAUUUUGUUGAAACCCGCUUCGUUAGGAUUGUAAUCCAUUCUACUUAUGUAGUUCCCGUUGCUUGUGAUAAUACGGAGCAUCCUGUUUCCUGCUGUCACGAAUAAUUAUAAUUAGUGGGUGUAAAGUGACCCUUUAGGCGUCUAAACGGUUCCAUGAUAAGAACUGUGGCAAAAAGUCUGUUCAGACAUUUGGAGAGAGUGGGGUUGAAGAACAGUACCCAAAUUUUUGUAGUUCGUCUUCAGAGCGUGUCCCCUAAAAUGGAGAGGGCAGUGGUGCGUUGUGUUCCUACGGAGAGCCAAAUGACAAUUUCAUUCAGCUUGUCUGGCAGUCAAAAACACAUGCUUAGGGAUCAGAAGGAAAAACUGGGCAAACUUUUGGCAAGGAUCGCCCACAACGCUGUCAAAAGUCAGGGGAAAAGGGGCAAAAAAAGUAAAAAUGAGGAAUCGGUGCCUUCAGAACCUACCGUAAAGCUGUAUUACCGCGAUGAACCUGUAGCUGAGGACACUGUAAAUUCUGAUGCUUGGCAAGAUGGGUCGGUACUAUAUGUCGGAGAUAUUAAAUAUGAUGUGGAAAGGAAUCCCCCCACUUUUCUAAAUGUGUCUUUACCGCGAUCUGUUAUGGCAGGCUUUCCAGUCUGCCCAAAGAUAGAUAUCGAGUUUGGAGACGUCAAUCAGUCGACCUAUCAGUGGUACAAGGAAAGCAAACGUGCUACUGAGAGCAGCCAAGAAACUAGUUGGGAAGAAGCUGGUUCUGAGAGAGUUUUCAUGCCUUCAAACUCAGAUGUUGGUCUAAAAAUUAAAUUAAAAUGCACACCUAGAAGUUCCAAUAGAUUUGGAGUACCUGUGGAACUGGAAACUGCCUGCACUGUUGAAGCUGGACCUGGCACGUGUACUUUUGACAGUAGGCACUUGUACACUAAAAUGGUUGCACCUGAUUCAAUAGUUAGAACAGUAUCCUACAACAUUUUAGCUGAUAUUUAUGCCCAAACUGAACUUUCCAAAACUGUUCUAUACCCGUAUUGUCCACCCUAUGCACUUGAACUCGACUACAGGCAACAUUUAAUUAAAAAGGAACUUUCUGGCUAUAAUGCUGACAUCGUUUGCCUGCAGGAGGUUGAUAAGCAUGUUUUUUUAGAUGACCUGGUACCUGCAUUGGAUGCAUUUGGUUUAGCAGGGGUUUUUAAAAUCAAAGAGAAGCAACAUGAAGGUUUGGCCACAUUCUUUAGGACAGCCAAGUUUAACUUGCUAAGUCAACAUGACAUAAUUUAUGGUAAUGCUUUGGUUUCAGACUCUUUGCACAGCACACUAUUGGAAAGGAUUUCUGUGUAUCCAAAUGUCAAAGAAAAAUUUCUACAGCGGUCAGCUGCUUUACAGGUGUCUGUCUUGCAGUCCACAAAGGAUGCUAAUAAAAAGGUCUGUGUUGCAAACACUCAUCUUUACUGGCACCCAAAAGGUGGAAACAUUCGUCUCCUUCAGAUAGCCAUAGCCUGGCAGCACAUUCACCACAUCAUUACUGAAAUCUAUCCCAAUGUACCAGUCAUCUUCUGUGGUGACUUAAACAGCAUGCCAGCUUCAGGAGUUGUCACCUUUCUCACAGGAGGAUAUAUUGAUGCUGACCAUGAAGACUGGGUUUCUAAUGAAAAAGAACAGUGUCAAAUGUCCCUUGAUCAUCAUGUGACACUACAGAGUGCCUGUGGACUGCCCGCAUACACAAAUUAUGUGGGAGCUUUUAAUGGAUGUCUGGACUACAUAUUUAUUGAUUCCAAUGCUUUUGAAGUUGACCAAGUAGUUCCUUUGCCAAGUCAUGAUGAAGUCACCACACACCACGCACUUCCUAGUGUUUCACAUCCAUCUGACCAUAUAGCACUUGUAUGUGACUUAAAGUGGAAGAAUGUUAUCUAAUAUUUUUAUGGGCACAUUCAUUUUGCUUAAUCUGAUGGCUGUUUACUUUGUAGUAAACAAAAUAAUGAAUUGCAAAAUGUGCUUGUAAUAAAUUGAAUUUAAUGAAAAAUGAUUAUUAAAA